GCAAUCUUCUUUUAAUUUAGGUUCUGCUGCAGUCUUCUGUUGCCGGGCCUAGGGUUCUACAGAGCGAUGGUGAUGAUGCAGGCGAGAUGGGCUGACAGAGCAGCAGGUCUCCUGAACUCAGCGAAGUCCUCAGGCAAUGUUGCAUCGAAGCUGGACCAGUUGCGCCAGUUAAGAGAGGUCCUCCUCGUUCGGGACUCCUCCCUCCUGCCGGAGUUUGCUCCACGACUGACCGAAUUGGAGGUCCAGCUGCCCGGCGCCGCCCGCAAGCUUCUUACCGAGAUACUUGGUGAGAUUGGAAAGAAGCACGUAGAACUUCUGCCUGCUAUUGUUCCUACUCUAUUAACCUAUUUAAAUGAUGAAACACCUCCGGUUGCUCGACAAGCAAUUUUGUCUGGGACUUCAUUAUUCUGCAAUUAUUUUGUGAAGGUUGCAAUUCAGGGUUUAAAUUCAAAUGAGGUAAAUGAAAUUACAAAGUCAUCCUGGGCAUCGAUGCUGAAAUUUAAAAAUUCUGUAUUGCCAUUAGCAAUCCAGCCUGGGAUUGAUGGUGUAAGGCUGUUAGCUGUGAAGUUCAUUGAGGCAAUGGUUCUCCUUUAUACGCCUGAUCCAAGUUUGCAUUCAGAUCCUCCCCAAGAAUUUGAUGGGUUUCAAUUUAACAUUUCAUGGUUAAAGGGAGGCCACCCUCUCCUUAAUGUUGGUGAUUUGGCGAUCGAAGCCAGUCAAAGUUUGAGACUAUUGCUUGAUCAACUCAAGCUUCCACAAGUGAAGUUCCUCAGCAACUCCAUAGUUAUUGUUCUGAUCAAUAGUCUCUCAGUUAUUGCAAGGAGGAGGCCUUCUUUUUUUGGUCGCAUAUUACCAGUUCUCCUUUCUCUGGAUCCCGAGAUGUCCGUUAUCAAAGGAGUACAAGUUCCUAGGGCUCACCAUGCCUUGAAGAAUGCUUUUAUGGCAUGUAUGCAAUGCACACAUUCAAGUGCUGUACCGUGGCGUGCUCGCUUGGUCGAAGCUCUAAGAAUCAUGAACAGUGGGGAGCCGAAGGAACAACUAAUUAAGCAAGAGAAAAGUCUAGAUGCUGCAGCUUCUGAUGUGGGUGGUUCUCUGUCCAGUAAGCUGAAACAACUUAUGGAAGAUAAAUCCUUAUCGCAAGCAUCUGACGAGGUACAUAGUGAUCCGGGCCGUAAAAGAUCUCUAGAUGAAGAUUCUCAAGAAGCUUUAGCCGAUGAUUUCGUAUCUGAGAAGCGGAUUAGACAAUCACCGACGACUACAGAUUCUGUUCAAAUGGGACAUCCUUUGUGCGAUUCUAUGCCUUAUACUAGGGGUGAAGACUCUGGUCCAGUGCUUCAACUCGUCGGAAUGUUCGGCGCCUUGGUCGCACAAGGAAAAAAAGCUUCGGAGCCAUUGGAGAUUCUUAUUUCGAGCAUCUCUUCCGAUUUGCUUGCUGAAGUUGUUAUGGCUAAUAUGCGAUAUCUUCCAUCUUUGAGUCCUAAGGCAGAUGAGGAGGACGAAUCAAACCACCCUAUAAGUAGCGUGUCUGGUCUGCCGUCUUCAACUUCUGCUUUGAAUGCUUUCUCAUUAUCAAACGCAUUCUCAUUAGUCACAUCCCAAUUAAAUUUGCAACAAUUUCCAUCUCAGAACAUGAGUACAAUUCACAUCAAACGUGAAGAUGAAGUUAUAAUAAAGGAGGAAAAACAAUUCACGAGCUUUGGUGCAGAUCAUGCUCAGAUAUUGCCUCAGAUGCAUGCAUCUGAAGCCACAAAUUCUCUCUUUAUUGAGAAGAAUAAUGUGGGUUUACAAGUAUAUGAGAAUGAUUCCGAGACAAUAGAGCAAAAAAUACCUGGUCUUGAUUCAAGUAGUUGUUUCAACGAAACUCAGGAAUCACCUGAUGCAUCCUUCCGGUUGGACGAAAUUAAGGAGCGAACUCCAGAGCAUGCCAUAAGUUCAGGUGUUACGGCUUCUCUCGAUAUUUCUCCCUCCACCUCUAAUGUUAGUUAUUCUUUUGAGACCCUUAGCCCGAGAGCAAAUGAGACACCGGCCACAUCUUCCCAUGCCUCCUCUUCCCAAUUUUUUCUUCCAAAGAUGGUAAUUUGCAACGUAGAUCUUACUGAUGAACAAAAGGAUAAUCUGCAAAAAGUGGCAUUUACGCGUAUCAUUGAAGCAUACAAGCAAGUAACAGUUUCUGGGGGAUCAAGUGUUCGUUUAUCAUUACUUGCUCAUCUAGGAACAGAGUUUCCAUUGGACUUGGAUCCUUGGGGGAUUCUGCAAAAACAUGUAAUGUCAGAUUAUGUGAAUCAUGAGGGACACGAGUUGACAUUACGUGUACUAUACAGGUUGUAUCAAGAGGCUGAACAGGAUCAGGAUUUCCUUUCAUCCAGGACAGCUACAUCUGUUUAUGAAACAUUUCUGCUGAAUGUGGCCGAAGCUCUUCGGGAUACCUUUUCUGCUUCGGAUAAAUCACUCGGUAGAUUGCUUGCAGAAGUGCCGUACCUACCUGAAGGUGUUUUAAGGAUGUUAGAGUGCCUGUGCUCGCCUGAGAGCAAAGAGAAGCUGGACACUGAUUUUCAGAAUGGUGAUAGAGUCACCCAAGGCCUAAGUGCUGUUUGGAGUUUAAUUUUGCUCAGGCCUUCUAGCAGAGAUAGAUGUCUUCAGAUUGUUUUGCAGAGUGCCGUUCAUCACUUGGAUGAAGUGCGUAUGAAGGCGAUACGUUUGGUUGCAAAUAAGUUGUUUCCAUUGUCAGGUAUUUCUCAAAAGAUUGAAGAUUUUGCUUCGGAGAAGCUUCGUUUAGUUCUCGAUGAUAUUUCUUGCCCGGAUGAUACGAAUGACAAUGAGUCAUCUCAUACCCUGCAAAAGGAAAGUGAUUUGGAAAUGCCCUCAACCAGAGUGUCACCUGAUAGUCUUUCAGUUAAAAGUGCUACAUCUUAUUUUUCAGAAGCCCAAAAGUGUAUCUCACUUUACUUUGCACUUUGCACUAAGAAGCAUUCCCUUCUCCGGCAAAUUUUCGCUAUUUACAGAAGUAUUCCCAAGCCUGCCCUUGAGGCAGUUCAUCGCCAUAUUCCCAUAUUGGUUCGAACAAUUGGGUCAUCACCCGAACUCCUUAGCAUCAUCUUGGAUCCUCCACCUGGAAGCGAGACUCUGCUUAUGCAGGUUUUACAGAUUUUGACCGAUGGAACAGUUCCUUCUCAAGAAUUGAUUUCCUCUGUUAGAAGGUUAUACAACACCAAAUUGAAGGAUGUUGAAAUUCUUUUUCCUAUUUUAUCAUUUCUUUCAAAAGAUGAGAUUCUUCCUCUUAUGCCUCAGCUUGUUAAUCUUCCAUUGGAUAAGUUCCAGUUUGUUCUUACUCGUUUACUUCAGGAUUCACCUCAAUCUAGUGAUUCACUGACCCCUGCUGAAGUACUUAUUUCUAUACAUGGGAUUGAUUCUGAGAAAGAUGGGGUGCCAUUAAAAAAGAUUAUGGAUGCUUGUUCGGCAUGCUUUGAGCAGCGGCAAGUGUUUACUCAACAAGUUUUGGCGAAGGUUUUGAAUCAAUUGGUCGAGCAGAUACCUCUUCCUUUGUUGUUUAUGAGAACUGUCAUACAAGCAAUUGGUGUUUACCCCGGUUUGAUGGAUUUUGUGAUGGAAAUUUUAUCACGGCUUGUUAGCAAGCAGAUAUGGAAAUAUCCAAAGUUGUGGGUUGGAUUCUUAAAGUUUGCUGUCCAAACAAAGCCUCAAUCAUUCAAUGUGCUGUUGCAGUUGCCAGCAGCACAGCUUGAGAUUGCCUUGAAUAAGAAUCCAGUGCUGAAAUCUCCAUUGAAAGAGCAUGCCAAUCAACCAAACAUAAGAUCAACUCUACCCAGAUCAUCUCUAGUGGUUCUCGGACUGGCGAAUGAUCCCCAAAGGUCCGGUCCGGUUUCGCAAACAUCUGGUCAGGCACAACCGCCGAGUCAAACUCCCGCCGCCGCCGCCGCCGACACGGCUAGCCUCUGCUGUUGAUCCAGCACCUGAAGCAACUCAAUAAUACUGUAUUUUGGGUUCUGUUUUUGGCUUUUGUCAACUUCAUCUCAAUGUCCAUAUAAAUAGAUUCAUUAGCUUUGGCCUUUCAGUGUUUGGGGUCUUAUUCUGUGAGUUUACUCUAAA